AUGAUUGCCGUGCUCGGACAGCUGGUGGCCGUCUACGAGGUGCUGCGUGAUCCAGGGCGCCGCCAAAUGUACGAUUCGUUCCUGGUGGAGGGAAUGCCCGACUGGCGCUCGGCACUCUACUACUACCGGCGCGCUAGGAAGAUGGGCAUGCUGGAGAUCGUCGUCAUCCUGUCCAUCAUCACGACGGUCGGACAGUACCUGAUCGCCUGGGCCGGCUACAAGGAGAGACGCUACGCAGUGGAAGAAGCUGUACGGACCAAAUUCAAGCGUGAACGAAAGCAAGGAAGGGACAUUGACUUUGACGUGCUGGUUGACCAGUACAUGACGGAGGUGAAGUCUCCCAGCUGGUGGAACACGCUACCGUUUCAAACGCUGCGCGCCGCCCGCUGGCUGGUGGUCUCAGCCCCGUUCGAGCUGGUCGACCGGGCUCGCUCCGAGUGCCGCCUACGCGAGCAGCGCCGGCUGGACGCCGAAAAGCGCGCGAGACAGCUGCAGGAGGAGCGGGACGAGCUGCAGCGGCAGCGCGACAAAAAGCGCGAGCUGAAAGAGCGCCGCCGCCAGCGGCUGCAAGAGUUGCAGCAGCAAGUAGCACCUUCAGUGGCCGAUCGGGCCGUGGUCUCGGGUGCGGCUGUGGCUGCGCGCACCUGGUCCACAGCGCGCUCCGGGCCCUGGACUGACGAAGACCUGGUGGAGCUGGCGCGGCUGGUGAAGCGCCACCCGGGCGGCACGCCCGAGCGAUGGCAGCUGAUCGCAGAGGCGCUGGAGCGCACCGUCACAGAGGUCACAAAGAUGGCUCGUAUUAUCCGUGACAAACCGCACAUGGUGCCGGUAUCGAGCAGCGCGCAGACGCACACGGCUGACGGCCAGCACGUGGACGACCGUGUGCUGGAGGUGCCGGCCGACCAGCCGCCUGCCGAGAGGCGUAAGGUGAAGACGCGCGCCGCGGACAACGCCGAGCAUUGCGCCUGGUCGCAAACCCAGCAAAAGGCGUUGGAGGUAGCGCUCGCCCACUACCACAAGGGAACGUCGGAGCGGUGGGACCGAGUCGCCAGAGCGGUACCCGGUAAAAACAAGGAGGAGUGCAUGCAACGCUUCAAAUACUUGGCCGACCUGCUCAAGAAGCGAAAAGAAACCGCUGCGAAGAAGUGCGAAGAAGAAAUGCGAUCGACCUUCCAAGACGCACAUCCUUUUAUUAACAUCGGUAUCGAUGCAGAGGCAUCGUCCAUUGGAGUUUCGGCUGCGCAACGAGGUACAGCUUCGGCCGACAGUUAGAACACAACGGACCGAGAGGUCUCUGCAGACACUCACUGAGUGGCCUCUGCAGACACUCACUGAGUGGCCUCUACUGGCCUCCCGUCAGCGGUCCUGUUUUACGGCCCGGCGCUGCAGUGCCAGCGCGCUGCGCUGUUCUACUGGUGCGGCGUUUGAGACGAAUUCGGCUCGACGCUCCAGCGUUACGAGCUCCAGCGUUACGAGCGUCCGAGUUUGUUGAUGUUUCCAUGGAAACCCAAUGCACCGCCAUGCGCAGCGCGCUGUAGCGCAGAGCCGUGAAACAGGGACAUGCUGUCGGUCUGCGCUGAUUGUUCUGCGCGGUGAGACCAACUCGGCGCAAUGCUUAUGCCAGCGGAGCAUAAUCCUUCACUGUUGUGAAUUUUGCUAUUCGGAGAGCCAUUUAAGAUGACUUUUUUGGAGGAACAGUGAAAAUAAAACCUAUUGCGCUUA